AUGGCAACGUACGGUACGCAAAUCUCGCAUGUUCGAGAGUACUACUGUCAAUACACCGAUCAAAUACACAAGAAACACAAGUCAUGGCACGAUGGAAGAAUGAAAUAUUACCAACUAAACCAUAAAUUCCAACUUUUCUCCUUGGAGGGAGGAAUGCUGCUGGGCAGCACAAUCAUAACGAGCUCUCGUCGAGUAGAGCAUAUUCUGAACGCCAACGGCUUCAACAAAGAGGAACAUAAGAUCUUUGGUCAAUUUCUGGUUUUGAUCGAUUGCUUACAGUGCGAAUACGACAGAGAUAUCAGUGGGAAGGCUAGGGAAUUGUCAGUCUCUUACAAUAUCAAGAAAUACACUGAAGAUGCUAUCGAUUCGGAACCAUGUCAGGCGAAAUCUGGCAAAUUCACAACUCCCGUCAUUCGUCAUAACGAUAGUCUGGCAUUGAAGUUUAAUAAGCCAUUCCGACGACCACUUGCCAAACGAACCCAGAUUAACGUUCGCUCGAAACUCAAAGCACCAUCGAGCUCCAAGAGCUUGGAUUUGAAUUCUGAGGUGGAAAACAAGAAAAUAGCGAAAUCGAUGAUCAAGAAUGAACCUAUAUCGCUAGCAAUCGAUAUGUCCACAUCCAAGAAGCAUCCUAAAGCUCCCAAAUCCUACAAUAAAGAGGUAGCUACAAUUGAGAACCCGGAUCAUGUUUUAACUUCAAAAUUGACAACCGGCUUUUCUAAUCACAAUGCACAAGGGCCGCUACAAGAGCCAAUAAUUGAGCAAUCGCUUAUACCAGCUACUAAAACAAUUAAACCAGCCAUCACCGAAGCACAUUUUAGAGUCAAUCGAAAAAGUCUUGUUUUGAAGCACGAUCCUAUCGUUCUUGACAACCGAUCUCGACGAACACACGCCGACAUUAAAUGA